AUGGUGAAGAAUAUGACGCUUCUCCCCCUUCUAAUGCUCUUACUCCUUGCUUCUUCUUAUGGAACAUCGGCUCGUGAGUUUAAUAUAAAGCCAUUUCACUCUGCACCAUCUCCAGGCACGCCACCAAGUCUUUCACAAUUUACAUCAAUUACCGAUGUAAAGCCAUCUCACUCUGGACCCUCUCCUGGAAUGUCACCAAGUCUUUCACAUUUUACACCAACUAUCGAUAUAAAGCCAUCUCACUCAGGACCAUCACCUGGCACGCCACCGAGUCUUUCAUAUUUUACAUCAACCACUGAUGUAAAGCCAUCUCAUUCAGGACUCUCUCCUGUCACUCCACCAAGACUUUCAUAUUUUACAUCAACCACUAAUAUAAAGCCAUCUCAUUCAGGAUCAUCUCCUAGCACGCCACGGAGACUUUCACAUUUUACACAACCUAUUAUCGCAGCCAAUGUCACCAGCAACGAGCCAAUUCCACCAAAUGCCCCAAGAAACGAGCCAAUGUCAAACGAGCCAAUGCCACCGAAUGCCGCCGUAAACGAGCCAAUGCCACCGAAUGCCGCAAAAAACGAGCCAAUGCCACCGAACGUCACUAGAAACGAGCCAAUGCCACCAAAUGCUGCCAGAAACGAGCCUAUGCCACUAAACGCCGCCGGAAACGAGCCUAUGCCACCAAAUGCCUUCAGAAAUGAGCCAAUGCCACCGAAUGCCGCCAGAAACGAGCCAAUGCCACCAAAUGCUGCCAGAAACGAGCCUAUGCCACCAAACGCCGCCGGAAACGAGCCUAUGCCACCAAGUGCCUUCGGAAAUGAGCCAAUGCCACCGAAUGCCGCCAGAAACGAGCCAAUGCCACCAAAUGCUGCCAAAAACGAGCCUAUGCCACCAAACGCCGCCGGAAACGAGCCUAUGCCACCAAAUGCCUUCGGAAAUGAGCCAAUGCCACCGAAUGCCGCCAGAAACAAGCUAAUGCCAACAAAUGCUGCCAAAAACGAGCCUAUGCCACCAAACGCCGCCGGAAACGAGCCUAUGCCACCAAAUACCUUCGAAAAUGAGCCAAUGCCACCGAAUGCCGCCAGAAACGAGCCAAUGCCACCGAAUGCCGCCAGAAAUGAGCCUAUGCCACCGGGUUUUUCAGUCGUUGCACCAAAGGUUUAUUAG